AUGGAGUCUACGGCUGUCCAGAAGGAAGGUCGCAUCACACCACAAGAUAUCGGCCUCUGGGACGACGCCCAGAUCGAGGGCUUGAAGAAGAUCACCGACUUUGCUCAUAGUCAGAAUCAGCUUAUCGGUAUCCAGCUCAGUCAUGCUGGUCGCAAGGCUAGUACGCUUCCGCCCUUUGUGCAUCGAAAUGCCACGGCGACGAAGGAAGAUGGCGGGUGGCCGGAGAAUGUCUACGCGCCAUCGGCUCUGCCCUUUAACGAUGCAUACCCUCAACCCAAAGAGAUGACGGUUGAUCAGAUUCAAGAGUUCAAGGCCGCAUUCGUGGAUGCUGCACGGCGGGCCGUCAAGACCAGUUUCGACGUCGUCGAGAUCCAUGCCGCACACGGAUAUCUGAUCCACCAGUUCCUCAGCCCGAUCAGCAACAGGCGUACGGACAAAUAUGGUGGCAGUUUCGAGAAUCGGAUCCGACUUUUGCUGGAGAUCACCGAUCUGCUUGCUCCGAUCCUGGCAGAACACGGUGUGGAUUUCCUCGAUGUCAGCUCUGGAGGAAUUCACCCCGCACAGUCGACGAGCAUCAAAUCCGGCGAUGGCUACCAGGUUCCGUUUGCGAUUGCCAUCAAACAGGCUAUUGGAGAUGCGAUGCCGGUGUCUGCGGUGGGUGGGAUUCGCACUGGGAAAAUGGCGGAAGGGUUUCUCAACGAUGGACUGGAUGCUAUUAUGUGUGGUCGGUGGUUUCAAAAGUCGCCUGGUCUUAUUUACAGCUACGCAGAGGAAUUAGAGGUCAAUGUUAAGAUGUCCACUCAAUAUGGCUGGGCGUUUAAGCGUCUCCAAGAAUAG